CUCACCAGUCAUGUCCCAAUAACGACUCGUCCUUUAUUCCUGUCAUUGGCUCAACCAUAGCAUGAAGCUUCUAAGACUGCAAUCAUGUUCAUUCUCACGACGAUUGAAGACUUGAUCCAAAUCAAGCCGCAGGACUUCGAAAAACCUAGCGCUCAAGCUAUCAAAGAUGCAAUCAACGAAAAGUACGCGAACAAGAUCGUCCCAAACGUUGGGCUGUGCAUCUGUCUAUGGGACCUGCUUUCGGCGACUGAAGGACUGAUUGGACAUGGGACUGGACUUGUCAAUGUCAAUCUCGAAUUCCGCAUGGCUGUCUUCCGUCCCUUCCGCGGCGAAAUCAUCUUUGGACACAUCAAGAACUCAACCCCAGAGGGCAUAACUAUCGACCUUGAAUUCACUUCCGAAGUUUUUAUUCCUUACCAGAACAUCUUUGAGAAUUCAGAGUUUUCUCCGGCUGAGAACGUCUGGAUCUGGAACUCUGAUGGCACAGAGCUCUUCCUCGACAAAGGUGAACCGUGUCUUUUUAGGGUCGAGCAGGAGGAGUGGAUCGAUCAACGGCCGACCAUCGUGCAAAAGGACGAGAAAGGCGAGAUUAUCGAGGAGAGAGGAACGGCCUGGAGGGUGAUUGGCUCAAUGAAUCAGGCUGGUUUGGGACCGACACUCUGGUGGGGUGAGCAAGAAGAGGAAGAGGGCGAGGAAGGUGAUGUUGAGAUGGACGGCACAGAAGAAUGAUUUCCGCAUAUACCUCCAACACAAUAUGCACGGGCGGUAUACCGGAUACUGCAAUUCAUUCCAAAAGUCUUGGUUGCCUCGUUGUACACGGCACUGCUCGAGCCCAGUCCCAAGUUUCGCAUAUACUCAAGAACCAGUCAUAAGUUUAUCUAAACUCUUCCUUCAAACAACUUACCCCUUAGUCGCCAUUCCCGACGUAUCUGUAACAUACUUCUUUACGUUCUGGUUCCUGUACAGAAUAUACUGCGCCCACGUCGACGCUGUUUGGGUUAAACAUAAUUCGAG